AUGCAUAAAAACAGACUUUCUCAUGAAGGAAUUUACCAAGAGUACUCUACAUUUGAUCAAUUCCAUUCAUCAAUUGGAUUAUGGAAUUCAUUUUUCCUUGUAAAGAGUGCAAUGCUUCUGAUUGUAUCUAUUUUCAUCAUCCAUGAGCUAUCGACAUUAUCUCAGUACCCAAAGAACUCUACUUUGUACGUUUUCGGGUUCGCAUCUUUGAUUAAUUUGUCAUGCAUGCUUAGAUGGAUGAUGAACUGGCCAAAGAUAUAUAGUUUGGUCUAUCUGAUUGUCAACGGCAUGAAAAUGCUCAUGAUUAUGCUUGUUAGUCAGCUUCCUGUAUUAAUGGGAUUUGUUUACGCUGCCAUUUUCUUGUUUGGAUUUGUUGCUUCAGCUGCUGAUUCAUUUGUGAAGAUAUUCAAACUGUACAUUGCUAUGAUUUUUGGCGAUAGUUUGUACGGUAACUAUACAGACUUCAGCGACGGCUCAGAAACAUAUAAUGUGCUUUCUUUUGUUUUUAAUACAGUUCUUAUAUCUACUUUGAUUUGGAUUUGCUUCACGGCUUACACAGGUCUUACAACUUGGGUUGAUCACCACUUCAUUUCUCAGUUAACUACUUGA